AUGCAAUAAUUAAUAUAUCAGCCUGUUUAACUGCAAAUACCGAAUUAAACGAAUUAAAAAAUUCUAAAUCAUAUACAUAUGCUUAAUAAACUAUAUAAUUAUGGUAAAAAAAUUUUAUUUUGUAAAUCGUUGCCACUUAGAAUAACAAAUGCCCGUAAAAUUUCAAAGAAGCUUUUUCCUUUAAUUGGCCAGGGACGAUUCAAGGAUGUGCAUGUCCGUAUUAAGAUUAAAACUUUGAUUAAAUAUACGUCUUAAAAAGAGCAUGUGAUAGUGAAUUAGUUUCUUUAAAUUGCUUUAAAAUAGAAGAAUAAAGUCCAGAAAAUAUAAAUAAAUGGAAAAACUAAUUAUUAAUUUGUGUAAGGAGAGAUAUUAAUUAUAGUUUUUUUAACUCGCCUACAGGAUGUAAUAUUAAAGAUAAGCUUUUAGGAUAUUCAAUUUGUGGAAGUGGAUAGGCAGCUGUAUGUAGAAAAUAAUAUUAAGAAUGUCCAAUAACUAGAAUAAAAAAAGUCGAUCUAAAUAAUAUUGUUAUAGGAAAUACAUCAACAUAUAUAGAUAUUGAUGACUUUACUACAUUUGAAUAUGAUUUUAAUACUGAAGAUUAUCCAUUAUCCAUUUUUAGAAUAGAUGAAGAAGCGCAUUGUUUGGAUCUAAAUAUAAAUAACUUAUCUUCUUAAAAACCUGGUGAUUUCAUUUUAUUAAAUACUAAAAGAUAAAAAUGUAGUGAAAUAGAUAAGAGGCCCAUUUUAUUAGAUAGUGUAAAUGAAUAUACCCUUUUUUAAUAAAAUUCUUAAUUAUUUAACAAAGUUAUAUAAAAAAUUCCUGGAUAUCCGAAUCCUAGUGAUAAUAUUUAAUGGGUUUUAAGUAGAAUGA